UUAACACAUUUUUCAGUCGUACUUUCGUCCUCUUGUUUUGGGGUAUCCUAAAGUCUCGACUCGGAACCUGAAAGUCGUCAAAUUCUCUCGUAUAGAUCCUAUCGAAGAAUAAGCCAAAAAAUAAGAACAGAUUCGACUUGGGUUUUAUGUUUAAUGGUCAUUAAAUCCAAGUUUUAGAAUCUGAGUAUCUACGAUUAAGGAAUUUGCUGUCAGAAGAACAGGGUUUUUGUUGGGACAUCAGGGAUUUUUGUGUAGUGGGCAAAAAUGGCUGUUGCUUCAGAUGAUGCCACUCGCAAUUGCAGUCACUGUGAUAGAGUGAUACCUUCUUCAAAUUUUGACUUGCAUUUUGCUCACUGCUCUCGGAAGUUGGAAAAAUGUAAAAUCUGUGGUGAUAUGGUUCCCAGAGUAUCUGCUGAGGAACACUUCUUAAGCACUCAUGCUCCGGUGUCUUGUUCUCUUUGCAGUGAGACGAUGGAACGGGAAGUUUUGGCUAUACAUAAGGGUGAAAACUGCCCUCAGAGGAUAGUAACAUGCGAAUUUUGUGAAUUUCCAUUGCCUGCAAUAGAUUUACUCGAGCAUCAGGAAGUAUGUGGAAACCGGACAGAAUUAUGUUAUUUAUGCAACCGAUACAUAAGACUUCGUGAAAGGAUUGGCCAUGAUAGCAGGUGUACUGGAGUUGCUGAUAAUAUUGCUGAAUCUUCCAGGGCAACAAGGCCAGUUGAGAGAGACCGUGUUCCUCAAAGGAGGCAGCCAAACGAGUUCUCCAGAAAGCGCCUGCUGUUUACCAUUGCAAUUACCGGCAUUGCAGUCCUUUUGGGUUCGCUUCUUUUCCAGAGGAAAACGGAACACAGUCAAGUGCACUAGAGGUUUUGGUGAUCGCAUUCGCGGCUGUCAUACAUACUCAGCUUCUGCAAGUUUUAAUUUAUUGAGAUGUGUUACCUGAUAAGAUAAUCACGUACUGCUGUAUGCUUGAGAACUCUGUUAGUGCGUAAACAGACUUCGCAGAUCAAUCCCAUGUAUCAAUUGAUUUUCAUCAUUAAUUCUUGGUAAAUAUAGAUACAUGUAAAGUCAGGAGUUCACAACAAAGUAAAUUGGUGUGAAGACAAGAAAUGAAUGAAAUAGCAUCAUACUAACAUUCCUUC